AUGAGAAGCACUACACUGUCUGCAGGAUUUGUCAUUCUGGAAAUAUGUCCAUUAACUGCUUCUAAAUCAAGAAAGGCCUAUUAGAUUUUAACUGUUUCCCAGAUGUUGUUGUGCAAUGCAACCACGUGGUUCCCCCUGUACUUACAGACAGAUUUUGACAUGUUUAUUCCUCUCAAACAGCUUACAGCGUAGUUCCUCUCUGACGUAUCAUCUGUUGGCAGGUGUUCAGAUAUGUGCUGUAUGUGCUUGUGAAUUUCAGAGCCCAGAUCACUCUGCAGUGGAGGACCAGGAAGCAGGACACAAACAUGAAGGAGAGGAGUGGAGUUUUUCUCGCGUGGAAAGUUCUGCUGGUGGGCAUGUGUGCACUGCUGCUCCUGAGCUCAGCAGGUUUGGUGUACCUGCUGGUUCGACAGGGAGAGCUGACAGAGGAGCUGCUCAGGUUGGACGCCCAGAUGCAGGCACUGUCACAGAGCUGUAGCCUGCGGGCAGGAGUCCUACCCAUGGACCCCACACAGGCUGGAGAGCUGAAGAAGCUCCACCGCAGCAGAAGAAACCAGGAGAACCCAACACAAAGCCAAGACGAGAAAGAUAUGCUGAUGCUGAUGACCUACUCUAUGGUCCCGGUCAAAGCCUUAAUAGAUCUGUGUAACAGCUCCAGAGGAAUUUGUUUAACAGGACCACCUGGACCACCAGGUUUGCCUGGUAGAGCUGGUUCACCAGGACCACAGGGUGUGCCCGGGCCGGAGGGGAGACGAGGAAGAAAAGGACCUCCUGGUGAAAAAGGAGAACCAGGACCAAAAGGAGACCCUGGGCCUCCUCGGCUGAAAGGAGAAACCUACAAUGACAUUCUCAUCGAGGGUCCUCCUGGUCCAAGGGGUCCACCGGGUCCACCAGGCCCACCUGGUCCAUCCUGUUCUGCUAGGUGUACUAAAGCAAGAAACAAGACCGUCAGAGAACAAACCCAUCAAAGCAACAUGUUGAUGGAUUCAUCUGCUGUUCUAAUUAAGGAUGACUUCAAUGAAACCGACACAGAAAACAUCAGCAGCUCCACAAUCAACAAGAGCGAAUCACCAACACAACAUUCAGCUGAUGAAAGCAGAGAUGUACUGAAUGUUACAGACUCUAGAAAACGUCCAGAUACAAGAGUGGAAUCUGAGUCGGUAUUAGUUCAUCCAGAGUACAGCCAUGACAGCUUGAAUGAUACAAACACAGACAAUGUUACAGAGGCACCAAUUAAAUUAUCAACAGCCCUUCUUCUUCCAGAUGUGAUUCAGAACAGUGACACUUUCAAUGGCAAUGGAAACAUUACUAGCACCAUGAAAAAAGAGUUAGUAUCACCUCGUCCAGACUACAGACCUGACAGGUGGACUGAAACCAGCACAGAGGAUGUUACAGAGGCACCAGUUAAUGUAUUAACAGAUUUGGUAUCAUUUCAUAAAGAAUUCAACCAGGACACCCUGAAUGACUCUGACACAAAGGAUGUUACAGAGGGACCAGUUCAAUUAUUAACAGUGUUACCAACACCACCUCCAGCUCAUGAAACCAGAGAUGUUUUUAAUGUCACUGACUCAAAUAAACUUAAAGACACAGAUAAGGAAUCUGAUUUGGUAUCAUUUCAUAAAGAAUUCAACCAGGACACCCUGAAUGACUCUGACACAAAGGAUGUUACAGAGGGACCAGUUCAAUUAUUAACAGUUUUACCAACACCACCUCCAGCUCAUGAAACCAGAGAUGUUUUUAAUGUCACUGACUCAAAUAAACUUAAAGACACAGAUAAGGAAUCUGAUUUGGUAUCAUUUCAUAAAGAAUUCAACCAGGACACCCUGAAUGACUCCGACACAAAGGAUGUUACAGAGGGACCAGUUCAAUUAUUAACAGCUCAUGAAGCCAGAGAUGUUUUUAAUGUCACUGACUCAGAUAAACUUAAAGACACAAAUAAGGAAUCUGAUUUGGUAUCAUUUUAUAAAGAAUCCAGCCAGGACACCCCGAAUGACUCCAAAACAGAGGAUGUUACUGAGGGACCAGUUCAAAUAUUAACAGAUUCUUUGUAUUCACCCCAAAAUAACAACAAGCUAAAUUUGACUAGCAAUGAGAGAUGGACAAAAACUGUUCAAACUCCACCACAUUCAGCUGAUGAAAGCAGAGAUGUACUGAAUGACACAGUCUCUAGAAAACUUCCAGAUACAAAAGUGGAAUCUGAGUCGGUAUCAGUUCAUCCAGAGUACAGCUACGACAGCUUGAAUGAUACAAACACAGACAAUGUUACAGAGGCACCAAUUAAAUUAUUAACAGCCCUUCUUCUUCCAGACGUGAUUCAGAAAAGUGACCCCUUCAAUGGCAACGGAAACAUUACUAUUACUAUGAAAAAUGAGUUAGUAUCACCUCGUCCAGACUACACACCUGACAGGUGGACUGAAACCAGCACAGAGGAUGUUACAGAGGCACCAAUUAACGUAUUAACAGAGUCAGCAUCCUCUCAUCAAGACAACAGCCACGACACCUUAAAAGAUACCGAUAGAGAAAAUGCUACAGAGGCACCAAUUAAAUUACUAACAGCCUCACUGUCUGCAGACAUGGCUCAAAAGACGGACACCUUCAAUAACAGUAGAAACAUUAUGGAUACACCCAUGAAAAGUGACUCUUCAUAUCUACUCAAUACCAACAACAAGGACAAUGAGACCAAAGAGAGCUUGACAAGACCAGAGUGCCAAAUGAAAAGUAUAAAAUGUUCGGAGAAAGCCACCAAGAUGCAAAGCACUUAUGGAGCCUGGAUGACCGAUGCGUCCCAGCUGGAUGAUGGUCGAUACUGGCUGGCCGAUCAUUUUUCAGGUCGACUUUUGGCGGAGCACAGGAACAUUUCUACGAUUCAGAAUACAAGCAACAAAGUAAUAGAUAUAAAGAGGUUCUACCAGGGCUGUGGACAUGUUGUGUACAAGAAGUCAUUGUACUUUCACAACGCAGGAACAAACAGACUUAUAAAAUUUGACCUGAACACCAGGAGAACAGACUUUCUGAUCAUGGCAAACAGCAGAUAUCACAACCUUACUUAUCUUUUCCGCAACUCCAAGACCUACUUCAAGUUUGCUGUGGAUGAAAAUGGACUGUGGGUCAUUUUUGCAGCAGAAAGAGACGACAGUAUGAUGGUUGCGAAGCUCAGCCCUGACACAUUCUCUGUGGAGUCAGUCAUUAACACUCACUACCCUACAACUAAAGCAGGAAAUGCUUUCAUUGUAUGCGGCAUGUUAUAUUUUACAGACAACAGAGACAGAAGAGUUACAUAUGCCUUCGAUUUAAAGAAAGAGAGUCCUCAGGAUGCAAGUUUUGAUUUAAGGCCAGCUAAUGGCAUCUUGGCCAUGCUGUCAUAUUAUCCCAACAAAAAGCUUUUGUAUAUGUGGGACAACAGCAGUGUGAAAACCUGCAGAGUUAAACUUAAACUAACCUAAAAAUAAAUAACUACAAACCUUGUAAAAUGGGCAAUAGAAGUUGUUUUUUUAAAUCUCAGUUUGGUUUACAUGAAUUCUUGGAAACACUGACCUGAUUUUGACACAGGGAAAAGUUUCUGGUAUAGGUUUAAUAGGUCACACUGGAUAAUGUUUGCAGUAAAUCACCAGGAAUAAGUUUCUUAAAAUCACUAACACUUCCUCGAAAAUAAUAGGUCUUCCCACUCCCAACCUACCAGCCCUCAUUAAUAUUGUCACUGCUCGUAGAGCAACUACCAUAGUACACAAUCCCAGCCACCCUCUCAACUCAUGCUUCACCCUUCUCCCAUCUGGCCGUAGAUACAGACAGCUGCUCUACAAAAAGGCACGCUUUGGAAAAAGUUUUGUACCCUGCGCUAUGAGAGCGUUAAACUCACAGACAAGUUAACGAUGUCACUCCUGUGUUAUAUGUGUAGAUAUGUGUAUAUUGUCUGUAUAUGUGUACCAUGUGUAGUUUGUGUGUAGAACUCAUGCUGAAGGUGCUCUUUGUACAGACUGCGACAACAAAUUUCCUCCACUGAGGACAAUAAAGAAUGAAUCUGAAUCUGAA